AUGCUGUGGGUGGACAAGCAUCGCCCGCACGCGCUCGACAAGUUCGCGCACGCGAACGUCUCGACCGCGGAGCACCUGAAGCGCCUCGUCGCGGACGGCGACUGCCCGCACUUGCUCUUCUACGGCGUCAGCGGCGCGGGGAAGAAGACGCUCGCGCUCGCGGUGCUCCGAGAGAUCUUCGGCCCGGGGGUUGAGAAGGUCAAGGUGGAGGGCAAGACGUGGAAGAUCGAGCAAGGCGAGCGGAAGAUCGAGGUCGAGCUCACGACGAUGAGCAGCAACUACCACGUCGAGAUGAACCCCUCGGACGCGGGGAACAAAGACCGGUACGUCGUCCAGGAGGUGAUCAAAGAGAUGGCCAAGUCGCGGCCCAUCGACGCCGCGGGGAACCAAGGCUUCAAAGGCGCGUUCUAUCUCACACUGGUCGACAACCUGUCGAAAGAGGCGCAGCACGGGCUGAGGCGAACGAUGGAGAAGUACUCGCAGGCGUGCCGGCUCGUGCUCGUGUGCAACAGCGUCUCGAAGGUGUUGGACGCGGUGCGGAGUCGGUGUCUUCCCAUCCGCGUCGCCGCGCCGUCGACGACGGAGGUGGAGGCGUUGCUGCACGACGUCGCGAAGAGAGAGAAGCUGACGCUUCCGCCCGAGCUCGCCGGACGCGUCGCCGCGCACUCCGAGCGUAACAUGCGCCGCGCGCUGCUGUCGUUGGAAGCGUGUCGCGCGCAUCAGUACCCGUUCACGCCGGACCAGGUCGUGCAGGGGACGGACUGGGAGGCGUACGUCGCGCAGAUCGCGAACGAGAUCUUACAGGAGCAGUCGCCGAAGCGUCUGCUUCAGAUCCGAGGACGGCUGUACGAGCUCCUCGUGAACUGCAUCCCGCCGGAGUUGAUCAUGAAGAAGCUCGCGAGGGAGCUGUGCCGGAAGAUCGACGUGGAGCUGAAGCACGAGGUGGCGAAGCACGCGGCGUUUUUCGAGCGCAGGCUCGCGGAGGGUUCGAAGGCGAUCAUCCACAUGGAGGCGUUCAUCGCGAAGUUCAUGGCCGUCUACAAGAAGUACAUCAUCGCGUCGUUCGGGUGA